AUGAAGAAAGACAGCAUACUUUCAAGUAUCACUGACUUACAAUACAUGUUUUUCUUUGAAGUCAGCAUUGGGGUCAUGGCCAACGUGGCCCUGCUUCUCUUUCAUGUUCUAAAAUUCCUUCUAAAGCACAGGCCCAGGCCUACCGAUCUGACCAUUGGUCAUCUGGCUCUUAUACACACAGUGAUGCUUCUAACUGUGGGCUUCAUAGCUAUGGACAUGUUUGGGUUUCAGGACUUGGGGGAUGACAUCACAUGUAAAUCUGUUAUAUAUUUGUACAGGGUGAUGAGGGGCCUCUCCAUCUGUACCACCUGCCUGCUGAGUGUCCUUCAGGCCAUCACCCUCAGCCCCAGAAGCUCCUGUUUGGCAAAAUUCAAACAGAAAUCCCUGCAUCAGAAUCUGUGUUGCUUUUUCUUUUUAUGGGUCCUCAAUAUGCUCACUACCGGUCGUUUCUUAAUCUCCACUGUUGCCACUCCCAAUGUGACCUCACACAGUCUCAUGUUUGUCACUCGAUCCUGCUCUCUUUUGCCCAGGAAUUCCUCUCUCAAGUACAUAUCUAUCUCACUGUGGGGUUUCCAGCAAAUGUGCUUUAUAGGGCUCAUGGCACUUUCAAGUGGGUACAAGGUGCUUCUCUUGUGCAGACAUGAAAGGCAGUCCCAGCAUCUUCACAGCACCAGCCUGUCCCCAAAAGCAUCUGCAGAACAAAGGGCCACCCGGACUAUUUUGUUGCUCAUGAGUUUCUUUAUUGUCAUGUACAUUUUGGACAGUGUUAUUGCCUCUACUUCUGAAAUGUUGUGGAAUUUUGACCAAAUUCGUCAUUGUGUCCAACUGCUAGUUGGCAAUUGCUAUGCCGCAGUCAGUCCUUUGGUGCUCAUCAGUACUGAAAGAAGAGUGAUCAGGUUUUUAGAUCCAUGUGGGGGAAAGAUAGUAAAUGUUUGUAAAUUCAGCGAUGGAAAAUUUUUCUGGAAAGCAACAAUGGAUUUGAAUUAA